CUGAGUUCUGUGGAGAGAGGUGAACGGUGCAGUGCAGAUAGCUGCAGAGGAUGCUCUCAGGGUUUUCUACAAAUUUGUGAUUGCGGUCUUCCAAAUGGAAGAGAUAAAAGAUAGCUUGGCAUUUAAAGGUGUGGCUGAGAGACUGACGCUUGGCAUUACUCGAAUACUCGAGAACAUGCCUGGUGUGGUCGAUGUGCGUUUUGUAGAGAGGGAGCCUGCAGAGAAGAGGAGCCUGCUGUCGUGGGAACAGAAAAACACUUGUAUUUUGCCAGAGGACCUGCGAGAUUUCUAUCUGACCAUUGAUGGGUUUACACUAACCUGGAGCAUUAAACUAGACAAUGAGUGUGUUCCCCUUGGGUGCAUGAUGAUUAACAGUGUGGCCAGGCUGUGCCCACUCCUUCAACCAGUAUCAUUAUUCUCCCUACCCAAUGCACCCUCACUGGCCGACCUGGACUGGGAGGAGAGUAACACAGAGAGUGGGACGGGGCACGCUCCUGCUGCACCCCAUUUUGAUGCCCGGAGCCGCAUCUUCGAGCUGGAUUCCUGCAGUGGGAAUGGCAAAGUGUGUCUAGUCUACAAAAACUGCACUCCAGGUGUGGUAGCCCAGCAGAGUGAAAUUUGGUUCCUUGACCGCUCGCUAUGUUGGCAUUUCCUGACGGUAACCUUCACCUCCUACUACCGACUGAUGAUCACCCACCUGGGUCUGCCUGAGUGGCAGUACGCCUUCACCCCAUAUGGCCCUAGCCCCCAAGCCAAGCAGUGGGCAUCGCUGUACCAGCCACUGACUUUCAGCAGUGAGCUCAGCUUGACUGAUCCUGUUGGAGAUUCCCAUCUCAACAAGCUGGAUCCUACAAAGGCCUUCAAAGGCAAAGCUAAGACACCUGUCCCUAAGAAGAAGCAGUCGACACAGUGUAGCCAAGGGAGCGCUGCAAAGAGCCAAGGCAGCACUGGAAGACACGGCGGAGGAAAGCGGUGA